AUGGGUGAACCCGUCGAACCCGUCAAACCCGUCAUUGACACCAAAGAGGCUAUCGUCGCAUCACCAGUUGAAGAUGAUCCUCCUACCAGCGAUACCGAAGGAAAACGUCCGCCGCCGCUGGUGGCCAAGCUGUUCGCUGUUUUUCUGAUCGCGUGCAUUAGUUUCGGCUCUCGUUGGAGUUCCGGGGUGACCGGAGCCAUGAAGAGUACAAUCAAGAAGCAAAUGCAUAUCUCCAAUACCCAAUUCUCGCUGUUGGAGGCCAGCGAGGACUUUAUGGCCACACUGCUUUUGCUGGCCAGCGGUGUAAUUACAGAUCGGGUUGGAGGUGCCGAGAUGAUUGUCUAUGGGAAUAUCAUCUACACCAUUGGGUCGAUCCUAGUCGCAGCGGCAGCAACGGUUCGAUCGUUCGAUUUCAUGAUAGGCGGUCGAGUGGUUCUGGCUCUGGGCGACAUUGCAACCCAGAUCGCGCAAUACAAGAUGUUUUCUUCGUGGUUUGCUCCAAGCAACGGGUUUGCGUCGACCCUUGGUUUCGAGCUGGCAGUCGGAAAGGUCGGAGGAUUCGUUGGCAAGUCGACGGCCAACAUCAUCGCCAAGAAUACCGGUAACUUCGCCUGGGUCUUCUGGACUGCUGUGUUUAUGAACCUCUUCACCAAUGCUGCGACGGUCGUCUUCUGGUUCUUCAAUCGAUACUGCAAUAAGCACUUCAGAGGCAGACAGGACGAAGCCACCAGGGAGAUCCUCACGGAGAAGAAUAAGAAGUUCGAGCUUCAGAAGAUGUUCCAGCUGCCGUGGAUGUUCUGGUCGAUCAUGGCCUUCUCCAUGUUCCAAACGACUACCGCGGUUGUCUUCAGUCAAAACGCAACGGAGCUGGCUGAGAAGCGGUUCAAUGUGGAUGCGAUCACGGCUGGAUGGUAUAGUUCCCUGUCGCAAUAUGCCGGUUUCUUUUUGGUCCCUUGCCUGGGCGUCUUCAUUGAUAUUCUCGGCAACCGCGCGUCUGUUUUAUGCAUCUGUGGAAUCGGCAUGUUACUAAGUAUGACUCUGGUCAACUUCGCCGCAACCAAAGCGGGAACAGCUGCAUCAUUUGGUAUCUAUGCCAUCGCCUUGUCCCUGGGCCCGACGUCCAUCAUUGACAGUAUCCGCACAACGCUCUGGCAUCAGUCCGUAUUCGGUUCUGCCUAUGCGUUGAAGGUGACCAUGAACAACGCGAUGGGCAUCAUUAUCCGAAUCAUCACCGGCGCGCUGCAGGACGCAGACAAAAAUUCCUAUCACCGGGUCGUUCGGGUGUAUCUUUUCCUCGCUGCGGGCUCCGUUGCCGUUGGCCUGCUGAUCCUCAUCGGGGCGCUGUUCACGGACAGCCUGGCUCCGUUGCAGUGGACCAGAAAGCAGCGACUCGCCCUGGGUCCAGAACAUAUCAGCAUGCUUCGGGACCAUUACUUGCAAACGAACUAUGCGCAGAGCAGAACUAUUUCCAUCUGCUGUUUUACUGCGCUCAUGCUACUGACCGUCGGCAGCUGGGCGGCCUAUAUCUGGGGAGCGGUUACAGGGAGCCAUUGA